CAUCAAUCACCACUAUCAAUCUGAACUGUACGCAAAGUGACUCCCCAAGCAUCUGAAAAGCACAGGGAUCUUCUCGUCAUAUUCACUGGUUCAUCUAGGCUCACUGUUCACCUAUCUUUAUUGGUGGCUGUUUGAUCCGGUCCGGUCCCUGUCCGCAGUUUAUCCUAUUCUAUUCGAUCGGACUUCUAGAACUCGGAUCUGAUAUACUACCACCAACCUACAGAUUAUUGCAUAACAGCCAGGGGAUCACCAACCAUACAUCCUAAUUCAUCUGUUCACCGAUCUCGAACUCGCGACCUCAGGAUCAACAGCCUGCCCCUGUGGCUUCCCGUUUGUCGGUUGUUUCAGCCUGGGUUGCCCUGGAGCUGGCUUCACAUCCUCAGUCCUUUCUCUCAGUUAUUCCAACUACGCAAGUUACUGCCGUCACUUCUCCGUACAUCCAGACAACACCAUAAUCUGCAAGAUCAAACCAUACAUCCAGCCUCAAUAGUUAGGCCAUUAUGUCGAUCAACUGGGUGAUGCUCCAUGACCAGGAUGGCUUUGUCCGCCUACCGCAUGAGCAACUGAUCUAUACAUCUCCACCUCGCACCAGCCUCGCGCUACAGCCGCUGAGCUCAUCUGGAGGCAAAAACUCAUUUUCCAUCCAAAGCAGUGCUGGUCAAAUCUUUUUGACGAACCAAAGGGUUGUCUACAUUCCGAUACAGAAUUCGCAGACGUUUCAGUCGUUCUCUGCGCCGCUGCUAAAUGUUCAUGAUACCCACGUCACUGCUCCGUUCUUUGGGCCAAAUGCCUGGAUCGCCCUGGUCCAGCCCGUGUCGGGAGGCGGGAUCCCUCCAUCCUUGCCUGCAGUACAGGUCAAGGUGACUUUCAAAGAAGGAGGCGCAUUCGACUUCCAUAAUCAUUUCGAACGAAUCAAGGAGCGUCUACAGCAGGCGGUCGAGAACUCGCAAGCAAGCAGUCGCGGAGCCAGGAACGUUGACCUCUCCACGAUUCAUUUGGACGAGCUGCCAGCUUAUUCUGGCCCCUCUAACAAUGAUGCUGGGGAAGGCCAAGCCAGCCAGGACCAAUGCAUGAGUCCACAGAGUCAGCCUCAUGCAGCAGAGACAGAUUCCAUGGUGGAACCACCGCCGGACUAUGAGACGGUCCAGCAGCAAAGCGUGGCGGAUGAAGUGGAGGCAAGACUGCGCCGGGCCAGUUGAUGAAGGCUUACAGACGUUGCAUAUGAGAAAAGAAGAGAAAAAGGAACAAUCAAU